AUGUGUUGUACAGUGGAUGUGCUUAAUGUUGAGAAGACAGUCUUGGCUCUACAGCCACCGAAUGCUCAAUCAUUAAUGGUUCCACAGGAGAAAAAAAUGGCUCUCUGUGAGAUCUGUGGUUCAUUUCUUGUAGCCAAUGAUGCUUUAGAGAGGAUUCAAUCUCAUGUUACGGGGAAGCAGCAUAUUGGUUAUGGCAUGGUUCGGGAUUUUAUUGCUGAGUAUAAGGCGGCUAAGGAGAAAGCAAGGGAAGAAGAAAAGUCAGCUAGGGAGAAAGAAGCAGAAGAACGGAGGAAACAGCAGGAGAAGGAAAAUGAGAGUAGAGGGAGAAGUGGUUCAAGUGACAGGGAUAGGUAUUGUGAUCGUGACAGAUAUCGAGAACGUGACUUGGAUCGUGAAAGGUCAAGAGAGUCGAAUGGUAGAGGUGCUCGGGAUGGUGGAAGAGGGGUGGAUUGGAGGUCCAGGAAUGGAAGAGAUGGUGCCAGGGAUAGGUACCGUAAUCGAAGCCGGUCACGUUCCCCUGUUAGACAUUCCCACAGAAGGUCACCAAGGAGUCCAGUUCGCCCGUAUUUAACGAGUUGUGUAGAUAGAUGUCUGAGCUUUCAAAUUUAUUGAGGUAGAUUUUCAUAUCUCUAAGGUUUAUGAUGAACAUGUGCAUUUAGAGUUUUAAACUAAAUUGUCAUCAUGGGUGAAACGUUUC